UUACUCGUACAUCAUUUAGAUAAUAAAGAGUGGUAUUAACCCCUUCCCGUACUUUAAAGACUCUGACUCGUGAUGAAGAUUUUGGCCCAAACAUGAAUAACACGAGUCAGACUCGUGGACUGAAAAUCGGGCCAAACGUAAACAUCACGAGUCAGACUCUUUUCCAGUUACCGGACUGCAAAAUACGUGGGAAACCUACAUUAGGUGAAACACCUCUUCGACUCCAAGCAUAAUAUUGGGCUCAUUUCCCAAAAAACAUCGAUCCGACGCCUCGAAAGAAAAACCCAAUUAGAACGUGUAAAGUUUGUUAUAAACGCAAAAUAUAAAGGGAAACGAAGUGGGAAUGCACGGAGUGUAAAGUAGUUUUAUCAGUAUCAUACCAUGCAAGACUUAAUUUUUAGAGUUGUAUUUUCCUAUUAGAUAUAAAUUCACGGUGAGUAUUAUAAUUAAACUUUGUGUUUAUGAUAUGCUACUUAUUUGUAGGCGUAGUAUUAUUACAUUCCUUAGGACAAAGACACACCAGAAGACUGUAAUUUCUAUUAAAGUAUUGUUUAUUUAUGAAAUAUAGUUUUGAACUAUAAAAUAUAAUAAAUUUAUUAUAUAUUUAUUAUAUAUUUUAAUAUAUAUUAAAUGCACAAAAUCGAAUUAAUUUAAAUAAAAAAAAUCGAAAAAUAUUUCUUUACCAUGGGGAACCGAAUCCUGGCUACAGAGUACAAUUCCAGAACGUUACAUUUAUGCCACUAUUCAACUUUGUGAGUAAUCUGAUUAAUACCGUACUUAUUAAGGGGAUAAAUUUUUAAUAACGAAUAUCUAAAAAAUUAUUGAGUAUCUGCCCAUAUAAUGGUAUAUAUUCAUAAAUAGGAGAACCAAAUCUAUCAAUAUGCAAAGUUUCAAUGAAAUCGGUGACCUGAAGGCCUUGCACUCUCCUUGUUAGUUUAUGCGGUGUACGUAUCGUUAUCCAGAAAUGAUUAAUUCAUUGAAUAUCUAAAGUAAAGCUGGUCAACCUUUAGGAACAGAAUCUGCUUCGCUUAGAGGAGGAAAAGGAAUAACUCAAUCUCGCAACUUAAUUAAUUAAUUAACGGAUACUUGAAAAGGGAAGAAUACUUCUAUUCUUCAUGUCUGAACACAAGAAUAUACACCGAGAGCCUGAAGAUGAUCCAUUGUAUAUAGAUGCACUGCCGCUUUUGCCUGACACGAAAUGUGUUAUGCCAAUUCCUCCGGAAUUAGUGCACUUUCCAGGUUUUUACGCCUUGCCAGACAUAACCGAAUCGACAUAUGAAAUGCUUGCAGGACAAACGAGUUUUGCACAGAUGGUUCCGGAAUCCGCGUUUGUUUAUUAUGUGGCUGUCUUGGCUUAUGCCCGCCUGCUUAAAACACUUUAUAUAUCAGGCGAACCAAUUACACAUGAAGAAACAGAUUUCAUACGAAAAGUUUAUUGCAGACGUUUUCAGCCUCCAACCAUAAUAUCUUUAUAUUUAAAAGGGUUUGGCAACACAACAUUAGAGACAGGGCAAGAAAUGCGAAUACGUGCAAAACGUCGUCAAUACCUGAAGUCGACAGCGGACGGCAGCGUUGGCUGGUUCGGUCAAGUAGGACCUAACACACAUUAUUUGUAUGCAGCCUACCCAUGCUUAGCAGUUUAUCUGCGUAGAAUACAAUUUGAUCUCCAAUACACAAAUAAUGAGGAGUUGAGUUCUGCGUGGGACCUGCCCGACGACAUGGUUCCCAAUGACAUCAAAAGAGGCAUGCCUACGCGGAGUCUUCUCGGAUAUCGUGAAGCCAGAAAAUUAACUACGCACCAAGCAGAAUGGUUAUCACGUUGUGGAGUGUCAGAUGAUAACGAUGAUCUAAAUGCUUAUCCUGCGAUACCGUUCAUUUCUGGAUUGAUGAGCGGCAUACAGAUGAUAUUGAACGGGAGCAAGGUAAAGCUUGAGCCUCUCCCGGAUGGAGAAGAAGGCUCGUUAGUUCAGGCUGUAACGACUACCCAAUUUGAACCAAAUGUCCCACAGCAUGAUUCAAAGAAAUUACAAUUCGAAGCUACCUACGCCAGUAGGAUUGAUGGAACACUGGUUGUAAUGGCAAAGACCAUGCGCUAUAUGCAGCAAUUUAAAGAAGACAGCGACUGGUCCAUUUAUGACUGGGGAGGUUUGUCAAAUGUACCUUCUGAUUGGACUUCUACAUGUAAUACACUAUACGACUCAACCACUACGAAAAUUAAGAACUAUUCGUUUUGGAGUGUACCCUCCUCAUUUGGUAGCGUAUUUUUCUUUUUGGAUAACAUACUAUAGAUACUAUAACUAUAGAUAACUGUAGAUAUCAUUGUUUAAAUGUUUCAAAUUCGUUAUAAGUAACAUGUCUCUUAAAUUACAGUUUACUUGCUGCUAACUUUAUAAUAUAUUAUAAUAUAUAUAGUACUGCAUACAGAAUUCAUAAUCAUAAUUUAUUUUAAAAGAGAAUAGAUACUUACUCUUAAUAGCAGUACUUGCAUGUUUUGUUCAGCAAAACGCCUAGCUAUGCAAGAGCGAGGACCAUGACCAAAUGGUAGCAAUAUGUAUGGGUGUAUAGGUUUUCCACAACUUAUUUUACUUUCUGAGUUUUCACGAAGCCAUCUUUCUGGUAUAAAUGAGUUUGGAUUAUAAAAAUAUUCAGGAAGUCUACAAAUAAUCUGAUUUUGUGUCACAACCACACUCUAAAAAAUAAAAUACAUUAUUAUACAAUUAUAUAUUUAUUUUAUUUAUUCAUAAUAUUAAAAUUAUUAUAAAUUUAAAACUAUAAAUAGAUAUAAAAAUGAAAUUAAGCAAUUACUUUAUAAAAUCAUAAAUUUUGAAAACUUACUCCUUUAGGUACUCGAUAACCACUAAGAACGAUAUCAGUUUGUAAGAUGCGGCCUAUUCCAACAGAAAUAGGAUUUAAUCUUAAACCUUCUUUUAUAACAGCUUUCGUAUAUGAUGCACUGCGUAGAACAUCUGCUGUUAUCGGUUGAUUAGGUUGAGGUAGUAAUUCUAUAGCUUCGGCUCUCAAUUUCUGCUGAAUAUCUUGAUUCUUUGCAAGAUGAUACAAGAUAAAUGCAGUGCUGUAGGUGGUCUAAAAAUAUGUUGAAAUAAUCUAAAGUUAUAGGUUAAUUUGUACAUUGCUUACAGUAGUAAUAUUAGAAACAAAUAUUCUCUGUUUAUAAAUAUAAAAUUAAAAAAUUUAAUUGUAUAAUCAUAUUUAGUUUAUUUUAGGUUUAAUCUUUAAAAUAUUUUCUGUUAAAUAUGUAUUACUAAAAAAUAUUGCAUAUUAUUCGUGUAUCAUGAUAUUUACAGUAUCUACACCAGCAAGUAGCAUGUCACAAGCCAUGCCCACAAUGUCCUUGAUAUCCAAAGCAGAAUUUUCAAAAUAAGCACUUAGAAAUGAUUUGUUUCGCCGAGCAUCCUUAUCCUUUUUUUGGGAUACAAGUUCUAAUGCAACUCUAAUGCAUUAGUAAAACAUAAAAUGUAUAUCAUAUCAUAUUUUAUUGUAAUUUGCAAAUAAGAAAAUUAAAUUCAGAAAUUCAGGAACCUACUCAACAGAUCUAAACAUUCUGCACAUAAAUUACUUUUUAUAUUUUGUUCAAUUUAAUGUUGCAUUCAAACUUCGUAUAUGUUUAAUUUCAAGUACUACGUAUUAUAUUUUUUAUUAAUUUCAUUAUUUAAAAAGAUUUAUUCUUACGAUUCCAUAUAUGACUGUGCUUUACGCAAUUUCCGAUAUAAAGGUGUUUCGAAAAACUUCCAUAAUUGUAGACCAUUAUCCAGCUUUAAAAUUGCAUUGUUUGUCGUGACAGCAGCUUCAAUCAAUUUAGAACUCCUUGAAUAUUUAUGUCUUUCUUCUUCUGAGAAACUGUUCAGCUUUACAUCAAAGACAACUAAACAUGUCACUAAAAUAAGAAAAUUUUAAUGAAUUCAAUAAAGAACUAUUUAAGUAAUAACAUAAUUAACUGCAAUUGCAAAAUUACAUUAAUUACUUUUUUACAAAUUUUGUAAUUAAUUAGUAAAUAAUAACAAUACGCAAUUACAUUCAAGAAAUAAACGUGAUAAAAUUGGUAAUAGGUCUUCAAAUUUUUCUCUGUUACAUAAUGCAACAAAUUCUUGGACAACAUGAUCUGUUUCCUCUAUGUAAUUUAUUAUAUUUUGAGGUUUGCUUGUAACUUUUUGAAAUUCUUUUCGUAAUCUCCACCAUUCUGGUCCAUUCCUACAAUUCAUACAAAAUUAUUUGUAUUCAAUAAUACAAUGUAAUACUGCAAUAACUAAAUAUUAUUAUUUAUUUUAAAUACAUCUAUUUGAAUUCUAAAUAUUUAAUAUGUAAUUUCAAGAUUAAUAUCAGAUAUUCAUAUUCUUCAUUUAUAAUUGCAUUUUUCUUGUAAUAAGAUUGACUACAACAGGUCUAAACUAAAAUUAAAUAACGUUAUAAAUUAUUUCACUUAUAACAUUAUCAAAUAUAGUUUAAAUAAAAGAUAUCCUACUAUUUCCAUCAAUUUAUGAUAUUCGUUAAAAACAAAGUAAAAGGUUUACUGAUUAUUUUCAUUAAUUUAUAUUUCAUUUAAUACUUUAAUAUUAAAUAAUAUGCGAAGAUGAUAAUAGGUAUAUGGAAUACGUUUGCAUAAAUUUUUGGUUGACAAUGGUAAUAUUAGUGAUAGUGUUCUAAUUAUUAAAUUGAAGAAAAUACUUAAUAUAAAUGAUAAAUAAAGUUUAACAAAAUUUGUAAUUUCUAUUUUUUUUUAAAUUAUAAACGUGUGAGGUGCAUAUUACGUGGGUAACAGGCCUCCUGUACUGUACACAUCUGCUCGAUCUUUUCUGUAUUUUAAAAGAGCUAAGUGACUUCUCCUUUCUGGAUGUAAACCGGAUUCUGCUCUGAAAAUCUCAGCUAUAUCUUCUGGUCGAUAAACCCAUACAACAUUUACGUUGGGUACGAUUUCUUCACGGACUAACGGCCCAAAUCGUUUUAAUUUCUUGACUCCGCUACCAUAUAGUUUAGUAAAAUUGUACUCGCCUAUAUUACCAUUUAAUAUAAUAAUAUUAAUAUAAUCGAAUUUUAAUCAUAUUUAUAAGUACUUUCGAUUUCGUAACACGAUUGUAAUUUGUCGACAAAGAGGAAACAAAAAUUUUUCAUUAUAAAAUACUUUAAUAUUUAUAUUGUAAUCAAGUAUAAGUAGCAUGAAAGUUUUGUUACUUUAAUUUAUUUUUACAUUUCUAUAUUAUCGGAAAGAGCACGAUCGAUACAAUUUUUAACAAUAAAAACUUGAGAAAAGUCCUAUUUUGUUAAAUAGAUACUUUACAUAUAUUAAAGUUUAAAUAUUUUAAUGAAAGCUUAAAAUCUGAAGAUACAAUUAUACAUAUACUUCACAUGUAAAUUAAGGUACUUACCAAUUAUCGGUAAAUAUUUGUACAGUGUUCCAAUAAUAGGUAAAGAUUUGGGUCCUGGUAUGUCUCGGAAAGGUUUUGGUUGACAUUCGUGCGAUACAAUCCUGCAUUCCAUAAAGCUACCACAGUGAAAUUGCGUACACACAUUCUUUCUACACUGGAAUCGGCUGCAUCUCUUCAAUCGCGUAUACAUUGCACUUGCAGAAACUAUUUAUGAAAUCGAAGAUUCACAAAAACGAUGGUAUUCGAAUAGAAAACUUUUGAGAACGAUCUAGCAACAAAGCAUUCACAGCGUAUCGAUUUCGAAGACUAUGUAUCUGGAUCUUUUACAGCCGAGAGAUCCCAAGAUUUUUCCUCUUUCUUCUUAUUUCGUUGUCUCUUUCUUACCUCGCUCCCUUCGUUCCCUGUUCAGGUCACUCGUAGAAUUUCAAUGUGCUGCAUAUCCUUGCAUGAAUUCGAUGCGACAGCGAUAAAACGUGCCGUUGACGGGUUUCGUCACCUACCGAAACAUCGAAUAAAAUCUAGAGUCAAUACAGCGAUACUAAUAAUCUACAAUGUGUACAGACUAUCUUGAGAGGCUCAUCACCAUCCAAGUGGGGAUAAAGUGAGAGUUGGUAUAAAAGGUGAAUUCUUUACUUUCGUGAAGUCACAAACGUCUGGACCCAAUCGGCAUCUCCUUUUUGUGCAACAGCUCCUUGUUCCAAGAUGAAGAGCAUCGUGUUAGCUAUAGUUUUGGGAUUGGCAGCAGCGCAAGAUCCGAAUUACCAUGCACGUAAUUAUCACGAUAACGACAGGCCAAGCCCUCCAGCUGAUGAAAGAAAACCCCAAAGUACAACACCUGUUCCGAUAUUGCACUGGAAUAAACAGCAAGAACAUGAUGGAACAUAUAAAACGAGUUAUGAAACGGGAAACAGCAUCAUCGCAGAAGAGAGUGGUUACAUCAAGAAGGUAGGCGAAGGUGAGGAACAAGGAGAGGCAUUGGUCCAACAAGGAAGCUACUCGUAUACGAGUCCCGAAGGGAAGCUGAUCACUAUUCACUACACAGCUGACGAGACUGGCUUUCACGCGACCGGUGAUCAUAUUCCCACGCCACCGCCAGUCAGCGAGGAGAUUCAGAAAGGCCUCGACCUCAUCUUUGCAGGCAUUCGUCAGCAAGAGGAGGCUGAUGCACGAGAAGCCGCACAAAAAUUACAACAGCAGCCCCUAAAUCAACAAGUCGAUCGACGAGACAAUUAUGACCGAAAGUUCCGGAAGUGAGAAGAAUGAAGGAUUCAGUUCCGCUGAUACGCAACCGACAUACAGUGGUGGUCAAAAGAACGAUUAGAAUUGAUAUUUUUGUACUGUGUAAUAUACAUUUUCUACUAAAUUGCAAGCAUCAUUUUCGUAUAUAAUAGUAUUCAUGAAGAACUCUCUACAACAAAUAUUUAUUUAUUGAUAAAAAAUACUUUAUGAAAGCAAAAAAAAUUAUAUUUAUUCUAAACACUUAAAUAAUAAUAUAUACCGAU